AUGGUUCACACUGCAAAUACAAAAGAGUAUCACAAUGCUAUUUUAGGAACCACGGGUGCUUAUAUUGAAGUGGAUGACAGAUCAGAUAAUAAACAAUCCCUAGUAUGUUUUGCUGAUCAUGAAUCAUGGCCUGAUGAUCUUGAAUCAAUCAACCUGUCUCAAAAAGUUGACAUGUUAACUAAUAUAUGGCUAUUCAAGAAACAAUGGAUUCACAUAUUGUUCCAGGAAAAUAAUAUGGAAUCUGUAAAAAUUCCUUUUGGCUUUUUUUUUUCUUUUUCACUCAAAUAUCAUGCAAACAUUCCUUCUUACAUCCUACCAACUAACCAUGAUGAUGAAGAUUCUUGGGGUGAUAGAAAUUUAAUACAACAAAAGAAAUGCAAAGACCUUAAAUCAAAUUUUGAUACUGAUGAAUCAUGGAAUUAUUACAUUGAACGUGGCUAUCCUCUAGUUUUCAAGGAAAAAUUGUUAAUGAAUUCCCAGUUGAAUAAGAUUCUAUUUGUGGUUGAUAGUUAUGAUCAGGGGAAAACAUUUAGGCCAUUAUUUUGUAAAUUAUCCAUGAUUAAGGAUAACUUGGUCAAUGUAUUAUUCGCUGACUUUUCACAAGAAUCCUCCGAUUCAAAUAUGAAAGGAUUCAUCAAGUAUUCGUCAGAUUGUAAUGUUGAAAUCUAUGAUUUAAGCAUUCAAGCUGAAUUUCAAAAUAGCUUCCCUACUCAAGAUGAGAUAAACCUAAAGAGCAGAAUGCUUUAUGGUGUUAAUCGUAUGCUACAUUAUUUCAAACCAGAAGUUGUAAUAUAUCCAAAGAUUGAAGAUAGUGAUGCAAUUCAUGGAAUAACUAUUGCUGCUGAUGGAUUUAAAAAUAUUACUACAAUACAAUUACCUUUAGAUGAAAUAGUUCAUGCUGUAGAUAUUAUGGCUGAUUUGUCCUUUGAAGCAUUAAAAAGUCAACUUUUAGAAUCAUUGAAUUCAUCUAUAUACUUUGGUGAUGAAAUUCCUUUGACAAUUAAUAUGGAUAAAGUAGGUCAAGGUGGUUUGUUGCCUGCUGUAGUCGAAGCAUAUUACCCAUACAAUGAUCAUGAUUAUGCAGUUUUGCUAGAGGAUGAUACUGAAUUAUCACCUUUUUAUUAUAUCUGGUCAAAAUAUAUUGUUUUAAAGUAUAAGUAUGGUCCUGAUAAGAUACACAGUAAAAGGAUGUAUGGUAUCAGUUUAUACAGUCCAAAACACAUGGAACUUACACUCUCUGGUCAUAAAAAAUUUUAUCCUGAACAAGUAUUCAACAACACAAAAUAUGAUGUUCGGUCACCUUAUCUUUGUCAGGCACCUAGUGAUUGGGGCGGUGUUUACUUUCCAGAGAUUUGGUAUGAAUUUCACCAUUAUCUUAUUGAUCGCUUGGAGGAUGAUAAUAAUAAUUUUAAAGUUCAACCCAUUAGUAUUCCUCAUAGUCGUUCCAAUAAUUGGAAAAAUUCAUGGAAACAGUUUUUUAUUGAACUUGUAUAUCUCCGAGGUUAUGUAAUGUUAUAUCCAAAUUUUAGUAAACAUGAUCCACUAUCAAUAUUUGGUGUACCACUGAUGACUGAAAAUGUCAUAUUCAAAGAACUUCCUGGUGAGGCUUUAGCGAAUUAUAAUGAUCUGCCUGUAUUGGAUUUAUGGGGAAAUUUGACAACAUUUCAUAGAAUAAUAUUGCGUGGUCAUGAAUUUCAAAGUAAAAUUUCUGAUUGCCCACCCAUUGAUACUCCAGAUCCUGCCUAUAAUCCAUAUGAUUUACUUUGUGUUGAUCCAAGUGAGAAAGAUAUAGCUGGAUCAAAAUCUAGGAAGCUUCAAAGGGAUAUCAAAGCAAUGAUGAAGAUGUUCGCAGAGGAUAGAAAUAUGACCAAUGCUGUAGAAAUUAAAAUGGGACCUAAAAAAUACAUAGAUAUAUUUAUGAAUAUAAUGAAUAGCACUAGAGAGGCUAGAGAUCAAUUACAAAAACAACUACAACUACCAUUGCAUCAAGAACAAGAUCAAGACCAACCGAUGCACCAAGAUCUAAACCAAGACCAAUUAAUACAUCAGGACCAAGAACAAGAUCUACAAAUACAUCAAGAUCAACUACGUCAGGAACAAGAACAAGAUAUACAGAUUCAUUAG